AGUAGAUAUAUAAAUGUGGGUGAAGAGACUCUGACUUCUUUUUAUAAUCUUGAGUGGAAUCAGUUUACAGUGUAAAUUAUUGUAGAUUUGAAAAUUUAUAUACACUAUUCGUGUGCUAUUGAACAUUAUAGUUUGUAUUAUUGAACGUUUCAAACAUGACUAUGGAGUCAAGUAGCCUCAAAGUUCCCGAGCAUUUGAAUUCAGCAUUUUUCUCAGAAGCACUAAAUAACGGACUUAAUACCAGAGAUGUUAACAUCUUAAAGUUGGAGUUCUCCUUAGGCAGUGCUGCUGGUGAUAACUACCUAAGUAAUAUCUACCGAAUCGUAGUCACAUAUACACUGGAAGACUCCUAUCCUAAGGAAGUGUUUCUCAUUACAAAAUGUGUACCGAACAUAAGUAACCCAAACAGUAUGUUGUCCGAGAUAAACGUUUUCAAUAAGGAGAGAUUCAUGUACUUAAAUAUAUUACCACAACUAGAAGAUAUCUUGGUUGGUGUUAAGCUCGUUCCAAAAUGUUACUAUGCAAUAGACAAUCCAAUUCCGACUUUUGCUUUCGAGGAUAUGAAAGCAGCUGGGUACAGCAUGUCGGAUCGAGUAACUGGAUUGAAUGAACAACAUUGUCAAAUAGCAUUGUAUAAACUGGGUCAGUACCAUGCGGCCUCCAUUCUACUCUUACAGAAGAAUCCAAAAAUUCGAGAUUCACCUUUACUUCAGCAAGGGAUAUUCUCAUCAACGAGGUUGAAAAGUGAAAGGUUCCAAAAAUUCUCCCAACAGAAUCUACAGUCUUUCACCGAUCAUAUUGAUAAAAUACCUGAAUAUGAAGAAAUUGUUAAAAAACUGAGAAAACUUGAUUUUAACGAAUUCGUGGGACAGGUCGCGAAAGCCAUUGAGUUGUCAAAUGAAGACACCUUAGUCUUAGGUCACGGAGAUAUGUGGGUUAAUAAUCUCAUGUUUAAGUAUGACGGGGAUAGUCCAACGGACAUAGUUAUGAUCGACUUCCAGGGAAGCGCAUUUGUUAGUCUGGGCCUUGAUAUAAAUUACUUUUUUGCUACGAGUCCAUCGUCUCAUGUGCGAACGAGUAAGAAGGAGGAGCUAAUUGAAAAGUCAUAUUACUUAGGCUUCAAACAAACUCUAGAAAAGCAUGCGUUUAACAUGAUUCCAAGCCUCGGCGACAUUAAAAAGGAGGUUCAACGGAAGGAGCUAUUCGAAUUAUUUUGCUCAAUAACUGUCCUCCCAAUCAUUUCGAUGAGUAAAGAUGAUUCUGAGGAAAUGUCCGUUGAAAAAAUUCGAGAGGGAAAGGUUAAACCAAGUCAAUUGGCCACAAAACGGUUUUUGGAAGUCAUGAAAAAUUCAAUUACAACAUAUGAUAAACAUGGAUUAUUGGAUACCGAAUAUAUAGAAAGCGUUAAUUGACCUUACUAUGGAAGAAGCUUAAUGUGAAUACGACGGCGAAGAGAUAAAUUCGAGUAAAAUAUUUCAUAAGGGUGCAAACAAAGUAGGCUUAAAUCAAUGCAACAAGAAGUAAAAUUAUUUUCUAUUGUA